AUGGUCAACUUUAUCUCACUAGUCAUCACCCUGUUCCUUGUGUGCGUCUCCCUCGUUGGCUCCGUCCCGGUUGCCUCAGAGGAAGUCCGCGUCGCCAAGCGCACCACCGAUUGGGGCAAUUAUGUCUUCAUCGCCAGUCAGACCUCGGGCAUUAUUGGGCAAAACUUGGGCUUAAUUGCAUCUCCUGGUAACCGCGCCGCCUGUGCUGGAGAGCUUUGGGAUCUCCAGGCCUGCGCAGCAGGCUAUGUGAGUUUGUGUACCGAAGAGCGGUGGGCUUUUGAAUGGUGCAUUCAGCACGUAAUCACUGUCGCGACUUGCGGUGCUGAAUGGCUCAACAUGACCCUUGGAUGUAUGGGCGAGAGCUCGGCCUACUGCGUCGAGACCCUCUUCACCCUCGAGACGUGUGCGAACCUCAUCGAGUACGACCCUGCGCCACCACUAGAAUAG